UUUACACAUAGACACGUGUGUAUACACACACACACACACACAACACACACACACAUGUACACACACACAUACAGAUACAUACACACACAUGUACAUAUACACACAUGUACAUACACAUACACCUACAGCCCUAUAAAAAGUUGCAGUACUUCCUUACCUUCACACACAGUUCCGGGUACUGCACUCUAGGGGGAGGCAGAGAGCACAGCACACACUCCUUCCUUUGCUUUCACUGCGCUCAGCUAUUGAGCAGUCUGAUGGCUUCCAGUGCGAGUGAGAGAGCCGGCCUGAGCACAGAGCCUGCUCAGCAAGACGGCCCUGGGGGCACACUCGCCCCCACCAUAAUUUCCACUUGCCAAUGCAAGCAGGCGAGUGCAAAUUUCAAGGCCUGGGCUAUGGGACAG